UAUGAUGCCACUGUUUUCUCUUGUAUUUUUAAGCACCUGACUUAUCAAGAUGACAACAGCUGCUAGACCAACAUGGGAUACAGCCAAAGGAGGCCGUGGUAAAGGAGAGGGUGAUCUUAGUGUUCUCUCAAAACAAUAUUCAAGUAGAGAUCUUCCAUCCCACACCAAAUCAAAAUACAGACAAGAAGGUCAAGGCACACAAGAAGAACUUAGAAAUCGUGACUUUCGUCGUGAAUUAGAGGAAAGAGAAAGAUCUUCACGAGAGAAGCGGGACAGAGGAAGAGAUUCUGGUAGCAGCAGUAGUAAAAGACCAAGAAUUGAACAGAUACCAGCAGCUAACCUUGAUGCAGAUGACCCUGUUGAUGAUGAUGAAGAUGAAGAGGAUUCUGAUGAUGAAGAUGACACAGCUGAAUUAUUAGCAGAGCUACAAAGAAUAAAGAAAGAGAGAAUAGAAGAAAAAGCAAAAAUGGCAACUGAAAGAAAAGCAGAAGAAGAAAGGAUUCGAACUGAAAAUAUUCUUAUGGGUAACCCAUUAAUGCAGCCAGAAAAGCAAUCAGCCACAGACUUUAAGGUUAAAAGGAGAUGGGAUGAUGAUGUUGUGUUCAAGAAUUGUGCCAAAGGUGAUGAAUCAAGAACUUCAAGGGGUUUUAUAAACGACACAUUACGUUCAGAGUUUCAUAAAAAGUUUAUGGAGAAAUAUGUAAAAUAACACUCUCAAUUUUGCUUUUGAUUAAAGUUUUUAAAAUGUACUAUUAAAUUCAUUCAUUUUUGUACAUCAUUAUAUGUGGAGAUUAUGUUUAGCUUAUUUGGUUAUAUUUGUAACCAACAACUUAGGUGUAAAAAAAGAUUUUAUCAAACAGUAAGUGUAAAUUGUCAGAAUGUCUUAAUGAGUGAGUUAAGGCAAGGGUAGGGAGUGCUUGUUAGAUUAGUCUCACUGAUGUUUAGUACUUUUAAAAAAAAACUUUUUAUUAUAUGUAAUCUUUCACAUAAAAAUAAUUCAAUGAUAGUUCCUUUAUGUGAAGUAAGUUAAAUUGUAUUUAGUUAUUCUUUACCUCAUUAGAUUAAGACAUAUUCACAUAAAUUAGGUGUGACCAAAAGAAGCAUACAACAUGUGUAAACAAUUG